AUGGCUGAGGAGAUUACCUACGCUUCAGUUGUAUUUAAAAAUAAGACAAACUCCCGACCUCAAAAGGAGGAAGAAAUUGUGUACGAUGAGGUGAAGGUGGUGCAGAAAAAAGCAGAACAAGCAGCUGAUGCUCAAAAGGAGGAAGAAAUUGUGUACGAUGAGGUCAAGAUGCUGCAGAAAAAAGCAGAACAACCAGCUGAUGGAUUGUUGGCAGACCAGAAAGCAACCAACAAACUUCGCCACUAUCAGCUGAUGGUUUGCUGUUUGGGGAUUGUUUGUGUCAUUUUGCUGUUCAGCAUCAUAGCAGUCAGUGUCUACUUUACCUCUGAAAACAACAACAAGCUGACUGCUGAAAACAAACUGGAAAACCUGACAAAGGAAUAUAAUGUCUCAGAAAUAAAAAUAAAGAAUCUAACUGCAGAAAACCAGCAGCUGAAAACCAACCUGAAAGACCUCAACAACAAACUCAGCUCAGAAAAUGAAAGAUUGAGGAGAGACAACGAUGAUCAGACAGUCAUCAUUGAAAACCUGACAAAGAAAUAUAAUGACUCAGAAAUGAAGAUCAAGAAUCUAACUGGAGAGAACCAGCAGCUGAAGACACAAAACCAGCAGCUGGAGACAGAGAAAGACAAGUUAAAUGAACAAAUACGAAACAUAGAGAACAACAUUACUGUAGUCCAGCAGAUCAUUGAUGCCUACUGCCCAAUAAAAGAUGGAAACAGACAGUGUAAACCUUGCCUGGAGGGCUGGAUGCACAACCAGUCCAGCUGUUAUGUAAUCAAUAACCCUGAUCCUGCUGAUCAGAAAACCUGGGAGAUAGCUCUAAAGGACUGCAGAGCAAAGAAUUCAGACUUGGCUGUAAUAGUUAAUGAAGAUGAAAAGACAUUCAUCAGUGAUAACAGUUGGAACACUCGAGGACUCACUGGCUACUGGAUUGGACUGAGAGCUGAAGCAGAGAAAUGGAAGUGGAUCGAUGGAAGUGAUCUGACUAAAAAAUCCUGGAUAACAGAUCCUGCUGCCAGCAGCGUCUGUGUAAUUUCUGUCUAUAACCAAGAAUGGAAAUCAGUGAACUGUGGAAACAAAAACGGUUGGAUCUGCAAAAAGGCGGCUUUAUCUGUUUAAACAGUGAGAAGCCUCACAUGAGAAGGUUACUGGAUACUCUGUAAAGAUUAAUAACAUGUAAGAUCAUAUCAACUGGAUUGUAAAUAUCAAUACAGAGAUCUUUUAUCCAGAAUAGGGG